AUGCAGACUCCACAGAAAAGCCCAAGCCUCAGACCUUUCAAGCAAAGAAAGAGCUCAGCAACCAGAAGGGAGGAAGUUGUUGGAAUCCUAGUGAAGUUCCCUGGCAAGAUCCCGGUGACAGUGGAGCGCUAUCCCAGGGAGAAGCUCUUGCCCUCACUGGACAAGACCAAGUUCCUGGUCACACAGGAGCUGACCAUGACCCAGUUCCUCAGUGUCAUCCGGAGCCGCAUGGUCCUUGGGGCCACUGAAUCCUUUUACUUGCUGGUGAACAACAAGAACUUCGGAAGUAUGAAUGUGACCAUGGCAGAGAUCUACAGGGACUACAAGGAUGAGGAUGGCUUCGUGUACAUGACCUAUGCCUCCCAGAUAUUUGGCUGCUUGGGGUCAGCAGCCCCCAAGGAUGGGAGCAACCUUGGGGGCAGGCCCUGCUAUCCUCUAUAAUACGUAUCCUCUAACCAAUGCAUUCACCAAUGCAGGAGAC